GGGAGGAGAUUCAGCGCUCUAGUGACGUCACGGAUGUGUUCUGCAGCUGCUGCAGGGACCGGUGUCAGGGAGCGAACCGGGCAGUGAUUGACAGGUGAGAUGGCUGGUCAGUACUAGGAUCCUGCAGAUUCUUCCUCAUCGCCGGGACCAUGGGGGCACUUACAAGCCGGCAACACGCAGGAGUGGAAGAGGUGGACAUGCCUUCAAAUUCCAUCUACAGAUACCCCCCCAAAUCUGGCAGUUACUUUGCCAGCCACUUCAUCAUGGGUGGAGAAAAGUUUGAAUCCAGCCAUCCCGAGGGUUACCUGUUUGGGGAGAACAGUGACCUGAACUUCUUAGGCAGCCGCCCCGUCACGUUCCCAUAUGCUGCACCUUCUCCACAGGAGCCUGUGAAAACACUGCGCAGUCUCAUCAACAUCCGCAAGGACACGUUGCGUUUAGUAAGGUGUACAGAAGAAAUGAAGGCCAGCGACGUGGAGGGCAGUCGUCCCAAGGUCCAUUAUAAUGUGGAAUUUACAUUUGAUACUGAUGCAAGAGUGGCAAUCACCAUCUAUUACCAAGCAAGUGAAGAGUUCCAAGGGGGAAUUGCCAGUUACAUUCCUAAGGCCAGCAACUUGCAGUCAGAGACCGUGUACUUCAAGAAGGGUGUCAGCCAACAGUUCUGCCUUCCAUCACAUACCAUAGACCCUUCUGAGUGGAGGGAAGAAGAGCUGACAUUUGACCUGGAUCGAGAGGUGUAUCCGAUGGUUGUUCACGCAGUGGUUGAAGAAGGCGAAGAACAUAUUGGUCACUCCCAUGUACUAAUGGCAACAUUUGAAAAGCAUGCAGACAGCAGCUACUGUGUAAAGCCUCUGAAGCAGAAACAAGUGGUGGACGGGGUCAGUUAUCUCUUGCAGGAAAUCUACGGCAUUGAAAAUAAAUACAAUUCACAGGACUCCAAGGUGGCAGAAGAUGAAGUCAGUGACAACAGUGCCGAGUGUGUGGUUUGUCUGUCCGAUGUUCGAGACACACUUAUUCUGCCAUGCCGACACCUCUGCCUGUGCAAUACAUGUGCAGAUACUCUACGCUACCAGGCCAGCAAUUGCCCCAUCUGCCGACUACCUUUUCGAGCUCUUCUUCAGAUUCGGGCAAUGAGAAAGCUCCCUGGUCCUCACUCGCCAGCUGGAUUCAGCCCUAUCAUUGCAGCACCAACCUCAGACUCUGAAGAGCACACCUCGGCUGAACAUGUUCCUCCUGGUUAUGAGGUGGUUUCCCUCUUGGAAGCUUUGAAUGGACCCCUGACACCAUCACCAUCUGCCCCUCCACUGAGAGCUCUGGGGGAGUCUCGGCGGCCUGGCGUGCUCCCAUCAUAUGGCAGCGAUAUUCAGCUCCCCCACCUACGGAUGCACUCACCUCUGCAGCACCUAUGCGGCAGCCAAGCUCUAAAGCUGAAGAAAAGUAUUUCCAGGUCAAUUUCCCAGAAUUCUUCUGUGUUGCAAGAAGAUGAAAUGGAGAAAUCAUUCAGUGAAGCUGAGAUUCGAAGUCCAAGGAAAAAAACACCUCAACUAGCCGAGGAGUGUGGAGCUACCCCAGAGAGUGAGAACCUGACUCUGUCUUCCUCUGGAGCCAUUGACCAGUCUUCUUGUACAGGAACGCCCCUAUCCUCCACCAUCACUUCUCCUGAAGACCCUUUGAGCAGUAGCCUGGCACAGUCCGUAAUGUCCAUGGCCUCGUCCCACAGCCAGCAGUCCCAGUUCAGCACAGACACAGUGUCCUCCAUGUCUGGCUCCUACACAGCUGGCGUGAUGGAGGAGGAGGAGGAGGAAGAGGGGAUCACGCCAUCACCUCCAGUGGCACCCAGCGGAUCCCCAUCAGAAGAGGGAGAGCUAUCACCUGAGGGGCACUUUGUGACUGUGUCUGCAGAUGAAAUGGAUGCAGAGGGAAAUGUCACAGAAGAGGAAUUUGCAUCUCCAGAAGAGGAUGACGGGCAGAGGACUGGCAGAGAGUGUGAUAAUAACAAUGCAGCUCAUGUCACACUGGACGCUCUGGACAAUGUGCGGGGCUCUGAUGGCUGCCUGGCCGAUGGCUGUUACCCUGGUAUUCCUGCACAGAAGAGGAGGCAUCCAUACCAUAUGUCGGACACUUGUAUCUCUCUGCAGGAGGUGGGAGACGGACAAGGUCGGCUGGGUGCUCAAGAUGUGUGAUGACUCUUCUCUCUAAGCCUUGCUGCUUGCUCCAUGGACACGUCUCACAGAUAAGCUCGCACACCCAUCAAAGUCGCUCAGGACUCAGUACUGACUAUACCCCGUGCCAGCUUUCAUCCCCUACCUUGUUUCACGCUGCAGCUUUAAGCAGGUCGACAUUUUCACCCACUGCCUUUGCAGGAUGGUGGUUCCUGCCCUCUUCAUGUUUUGUGUGUGAAUCCUGGACUAGUGGAGCCUGGCACUGACUAUGCCGAAACAUGCACUACAUUAUGUAAUAUGUGACAUUGCUGAAUCUGUUCCAGCAGAGAUUGGUGACGAUUGUUC